AUGCAUAUAAAAUGCAUGGUGUUAGAAGGGUUCAAAUCAUAUGGAAAAAGAAUCGAAAUAAAUGGUUUUGACACGCAGUUUAAUGCGAUCACAGGAUUUAAUGGUACUGGGAAAUCAAACAUUUUGGAUGCAAUAUGCUUUGUUUUGGGUAUUUCAAAUCUUGGCCAGGUGCGAGCAGCAUCAUUACAAGAUUUAGUUUACAAAUCUGGUCAAGCAGGCAUUAAGAAAGCUAGUGUUACAAUAACAUUCGACAAUCGUGAUAGAAAUUCUUCUCCAAUGGGAUAUGAACAUCAUGAAGAAAUAACAGUCACAAGACAAGUUGUGAUUGGUGGUAAAAACAAAUAUUUGAUCAAUGGAUCUAAUGUACCAAACAAACGUGUGCAGGACAUGUUUUGUUCUGUUCAAUUGAAUGUAAAUAAUCCACACUUUUUGAUUAUGCAAGGAAGAAUUACUAAAGUUCUUAACAUGAAACCUUUAGAAAUUUUGUCUAUGAUAGAAGAAGCUGCAGGCACACGAAUGUAUGAAAAUAAGAAGGAGGCUGCUUUGAAAACUAUAGAGAAGAAAGACAGUAAAUUGAAAGAAAUAAAUGAUAUUUUAAAAGAAGAGAUAGGUCCAAGACUAGCAAAACUCAAAGAAGAAAAAAUGCAGUAUGUGGAAUUUCAACGUAUAGAAAGAGAACUGGAACACUGUAAAAGAAUUUGCCUUGCUUGGAAGUAUGUCAAAGCUAUAAAUGAAAAUCAAAAAGCAGAAGAAAAUGUACAAGCUGUUAAAGAUAAAAUAAAUGAAAAAACAGAAACCAUUACUAACGGUGAAAAAGAACUUGAAAAUAUAGACAUAGAAUAUGACGAAAUUGUCAAACAAAGAGAUGCAGAAGCAGGAGGUCAAUUACAAUCUUUACAGACAGAUUUAAAAAAUGUAGAAAAGAAGCAGUACAAGUUAUCAGCUGAAGUUAAUAGUAGUAAAGAAAACAUUAAAGCUGCUAUAAAAGGUAUUGAACAGUUAAAGACUAACAUAAAAGACGAUGAAAAUGUUUGCACAUCAAAACAAUUAGAAUAUGCUAAAGUCGAAGGACUUUUUAAGCAAUUAAAAGAGAUGGAUGAACAAGAUUCUAAUGCUGUACUGGUUGCACAAGAGAAGUAUCAAAAAAUAAUGUCUGGUUUAUUGGAGAGCCAAGAUGGUGAAAAUGCAACAUUGGAACAACAAUUGAUAACAGCUAAACAGACAGCAACGGAGGCACAAACGCAACGUAAACAGUGUGAAAUGACAUUGAACCACAAUAAAGAACAACUAAAAAUAAAAAAGAAAGACCUGAAAAACACUGGAGAUGAGUAUAAAAAAUAUACUAAAGAUCUUGAGAAUAAAGAGAAAGAUGUAAAAAAUUUUGAAAAUGAGCUGAAGAAACUGAAUUAUGAAGAUGGAACUAUAGAACAAUUAAAGCAGCAACGGCAUGUGCUAAAAAAUGAAAUAAGAGCAUUAGACGAAAAAGUGGAUCAUUUUGAAUCCAGAUAUCCUCAAAUUAGGUUCGAGUAUCAAAAGCCUGAAGCAAAUUUCAACACAAACUCCGUGAAAGGAGUUGUAUGCAAAUUAGUAACAGUUAAGGAUAACAGAGCAGCAUAUGCCUUAGACAUUGCUGCAGGAGGCAAACUGUAUAAUGUAAUAGUAGAUACGGAAAAAACAAGUAAACAGUUACUUCAACGAGGACAGCUACAACAACGCGUUACUAUUAUUCCUUUGAAUAAAGUAAAUGGUAGAGCAAUGGAUAAUCAAAUGAUUCAUUUGGCACAAAAGAUAGGUGGUGUGGAGAAUGUACAUCUGGCGUUGUCACUGAUAGAUUUUCCAGAAGAAACUCGAUCAGCUAUGACAUGGAUUUUCGGACAAAUCUUUGUUUGUAAAGAUAUUGAAACUGCUAAAAAGAUUGCGUUUCAUGACAACAUCAGGAAAAAGUGUGUUACCUUAGAAGGGGAUGUUGUCGAUCCAGCUGGUACUUUGUCUGGUGGUGCACCAUCAAAGUCUGGAUCUGUUUUGUUAAAGUUAGAAGAAUUGAAAGCUAUUCAGAAUGAAUUAAACAUUAAACAACAAACGCUCCAAAAGAUUGAGGCCACUUUGGCGAGUCUGGCGAAGGUUGCGGAAAGGUAUAUGUCGUUGAAACAAAAGUUGGAUUUGCAAAAUUAUGAAAUCGGUUUGAUGAAACAAAAGUUAGAACAAACAGUCUAUUAUAAAAUGAAAGAAGAGAUUGAUGAAUUAGAGAAAAGCAUUGAAGAACUUUUACAGAAGAUGGCAACGGCAGAGGAAAAUGAGAAAGUGAAUACUAAACGUGCCGAAGAAUUGGAGCAUCUGUUAAAGGACUCAACGAAUAUUCGUGAGAAACAAUUGAAAGACGCAAAACAGGAACUGGAAAAUCUAAAGAAGAAGGCUGAAACUAGUCGCAAAGAAUGGCAAAAACGGGAACAAAAGGCAAAAACACUUGAACUAGAAAUUAAAGAAUUACAAAAAAGUAUUGACACUGGAAAAGAACAGUUAUUGACGUCAGAAAAAAAAUUGAAUUCACAACAAGAAGAAACAAAUAAAUUAGAAGAAGAAUUAAGUGAAACACAGGCUAACGUGAAGCAGUUGCAAUGCGAAGUAAAAAAACAGAACGACAUUAUUAACAAGCAAGACGUUCAUAUGCGAAAACUUUUAGCAAGAAAAGAAGAUAUUAUAAAACAAAACAAAGACGCAGAGUUAGAUAUUAAAAAACUGAACCAUGAAAUUAAUUCAAUUAAAAAGUGUGCCACAGAUUGUAAACAGAAGGUUUCCGAACUUCUACGCAAAUAUGAUUGGAUUGAACAAGAUAAGAUUUACUUUGGAAAAGCAGGUGGUAUUUAUGAUUUUGAAGUUAAUAAGCCUGAUGAAAUGGAAGCUAAAGUGCAUAGACUACAAACAUUACGUGAAAAAUUAAGUCGGAGCAUUAAUACACGUGCCAUCAGUCUGUUUGAUAAAGAAGAAGAACAAUAUCAUGAAAUGAUGAAAAAAAAGAAAAUAGUUGAAAAUGAUAAAAGAAAAAUAUUAGAAACAAUUAAACAUUUGGACGAAAAGAAGAAAGAAACAUUACUUAAAGCUUGGGAACAAGUAAAUAAAGAUUUUGGGUCGAUAUUCAGUAGUUUGUUACCAGGAGCUGAUGCAAAAUUACAACCCCCUGAAAAUCAAACAGUCACCGAGGGUUUAGAAGUGAAGAUUGCAUUUUCCGGCAUUUGGAAAGAAUCACUAGGCGAAUUGUCUGGAGGACAGAGGUCUUUAGUAGCUUUAUCUUUAAUUUUAGCUAUGCUUUUGUUUAAACCGGCGCCACUUUAUAUUUUGGACGAAGUUGAUGCCGCUUUGGAUCUUUCGCAUACAGAGAAUAUUGGUAUCAUGUUAAAACGGCAUUUUAAACAUUCACAAUUUAUUGUUGUAUCACUGAAAGAUGGAAUGUUCAACAAUGCUAAUGUAAUAUAUACAACUAGAUUUGUCGAUGGAAUGUCAACAAUAUCUAGAAGUGAAAGAGUAAGAAAUAGGUAA